GUACAGUCGACCCUACGCAUUAGUGCCACCCUGUGUAAAGACUAAUAAUACGGCACUAAUUCGGAGCGGCACAAUCAGAAAGCAGAAUCACUACCCGGCCAGAACUCUGUUAUUAGAGUCUGCUGUUGUUGCCUUUGACCCUGUCUCUCAUGCCUAGCUUCUAGUGUCUAGACGACAAGCAAUUUGACCUCAUAUGAGGUCAGUCAUGGCCUCAUAUGAGGCCAGCUUUUUUUUUGCAAAAAAAUAUAAAUUAAAUCGAAACUUUAAAACAUUCAGUUUGGACACCAUUUCUUUAACGUAUACGCGCUCGGCAAUAACAUCUUGCAAAGCAUUGGGAUGGCGGUUGUCAAUGCACAGAGAGACUAAGAAUCUAAAGAACUAUCAAUGA